UCCACGUGCGGAUUUGGUUCUUGUACAUCGUGUGAUCGGCAGAAAAUGUUAUAAUUUAUAAACAUGUGUCGUAAUUAUUUAAUGUCGUUGUUGCUUUAUUCGUUUGUGGGAGUUUCGAUUCAGGGAGGUCUUUGGUACUCGUAUCAAUUUGAUAGUGGUCAUGGUAAUCGCCGAGAGUUGCAUAUCAAUAAAGUGGACGCGGUGGACAGUUUCAAAACACAGGAACACGUUCUGGAAUGGCGUAGCUUGUCGCUGAAGAACAAGAGCAUCGCGUUGGGCCUGACGGCGAACGGCGUGACCAUUCUGCAAGUCGAUAAGAUCGGCGAAAGUUUCGCGACCAACGAAACGCACACGCCGAUGAAUGCAACCAUUUACGACGCGGCCAUCUUCAAAUAUUGGAAGAGGGACGCCGCGAAAAGUGAAAUCAUCGCUGUGGUCGCCGUCGAUGCGCAACAUUCGAACAACUCUGUUGAUUUACUUUGGUUCCGCUUGGAUUCCAAUAAUAAAUUAAUAAAAAUAUGGAAUUGGCCGCUGGGAAAGAAAAUCACGCACUUAAACGUAUUUAAAUUGGUCGACGACGGCGACAAGUACAAUAUUCUGAUCGCCAGCGACAGAUACACUAAUUACACAACCGCCGAUUGGUAUCAGUUUCAUUUGGGUCAGCACAACGACUUUUGGUUAAAACAAGCUAUACAUUUGGAUUCUCCAACGAAUUCAACCGCACUCACAACACACGGUACAAAAACGUAUCUCUCAAUUCCACAAAAUGACAAACUGCGCAUCUUCUCCCUUGAAGACCAAAACACGCAUUUUGUAAACUGUUACAAUUUCUCAGUUGGUCACGUAACUUUUGUGACCAGUUUCAAAGUUGCUUUCCAAUCAUAUAUUGCAAUCGAUGGUUAUGCGGCUGGUAUAUAUAAAUUCGUUAAUAAACCAAGUCAGAAACAUGGUUAUUUCACUAAACAAAAUGUCGAUAAUGCAAAUCUGCAUGGAAUUGAUUUUUGGUUGGCCAUUCCGAUAAGUGCCUACCGAGAUGAAGAAGUGUUAAUUGCUGAAAGAUUGCUUGACUUCAACACGCACAAAUCGCAUGCUAUUCAAGUGAUAAUCCAUCAUGGCGGACGUUUUGUGUUGCACGAGGAGAUGACCUGUGAUUACUACGGAGAAGUAUCGAAUGGUCUCAAUUGUUUGGUGGAAGAAGACGAUGAUAAGAAAGGAAUCAAAGGAUCGACUUUUAUUACAGUUAACGAUACUUUAGGGUUUUUAGUUCCGAGGUAUCAGAAAACUUCCGGAUUGUUUGUGGUUCACACUGAGAUGAAAGAGCUGAAAAGUCCUUUGGAGGAAAAAAUGAUUGCGUAUGAAGAUCACAAGAAAAGAAUUGAAGAAAAAAUCAAAAAUCUCAAAGAAAAAAUGGCUGAAGCAGAGAAUUUUCCACAGAAAAAAGUUCUUCCACAAGAAAAAGAAAAGCUCCAGGCUGCACCAUCUGCCCAGGCUGCCCAACAAGCUCAAAAAGAUCAAAUUCUCACUCAAUCAGCACCCAUGACAUCAUUAAACAUGGACGACAUCACAGCCAGAGUAUCAGCGCUUCAAGAAACCAUCAACGAAAUGAUGAGAGACCUUCCAAAAAUACCUUCUUUCGAACCAGGUCGUACCCAGUACGACACCUUAAUCCUCAAUGGUUUGGUUGAAGUCCAAAGUCCCAGUAAUAUUCAAUUCGUUACUACCGAUUCCUUCAACGGUGCUCCGACAGAUAAAAUUACCGCAGAUAUCUACCACAUACAAAACGAACAGCCGUUAUCAGGUCACAAAACAUUUACUAAUCUACGCACAGAUGAGAUUGAAUUUGAUUCUGUUAAUGAAAUACCAUCAGAAGCUUUAUUGUUUAAAUCAGAACCUUUAAUAUUACAAGGUGAUAUAGUUUUGAAUGGAGAGGUCAUUGUUGAAGGAAAUAUAGACACUCAACAAGUUGAUAAUAUGAAUCUUCAGGAAGAAAUAGUUUAUAUUCCUAGUGAAAAUCAAUUUAAUGGAUCACUUGAAUUUGAAUCUUUGAAUAUUCGCCAAGCUUUGAAUACAGACAGAAUCAACAAGUUUCCUAUCCAUCAUAAUUAUAAAGAUGUCAUUGUUGAAGAUAAUCCUUCGUUGGAAACUGUAAUGUUUGACGAAAUUUAUUUACCUGGAAAUCUUAGUGUGGAGAAUAUAAAUGGAGAAAAUUUCAAUCAAACUUUAAAAAGUUUGUGUAUGAAGAAUAUUAAUGCUUUUAUACCGAAUUUAACUCGAAUAGAAGGCAAUGUUAUUAUAAAAAAUGAUUCAACAACUGAGUUUUUAAAUAAAUUGAAAUAUCCAGAGGACUAUGUAUUCAGUAAAUCGAAUGAUUUUACUCAUAUUACAGGAGAAAAAAUAUUUAAUAACGUUGUGGUUGGUGAAUUGACUACUCGUGGAUUUAUCAAUGAAAUUGACAUCAAUGAUGUUGUUACAUUAUCUAAACCACAAACAAUUUCUGGUAAAAUGUCUUUUGCAAGUUUGGAUGUUACAAUUGGUCUUCAGUUGGAUGGUGAAAUAAUUGGAUUACACUCUCCACCCCUUUCAAAACCUACCCUAUUUGAUUCAAACAACAUAACCAGUGACAUAAACUUCAAAUCCCUCGAAGUCACCGGCAAAAUAAUCAUCGAAAACAAUUUCAACGGAACUAAUCUCGAAGCUCUCCUGUCCGACGUCGUCUACAAAAACGAGCAAUCUGUCGAAAUAAACUCCGUGAAGACAUUCCGGCACGGAUUGACAGUGAUGCAGGAUCUGCGCCUUGCUUCGGCCGCGAUCAAUAGCGUCGACGUAAAUAAAUUAAUACACAAAGACACCGAAGGAAUUCUUGAUGUGCGCGAGUUAAACGGCAGCGUCACUUUUGAAAACCUUCUCAUAACAGGCUUGUACAAUGGGGUGGACAUUAUAAAACUGGAUCAGGAGGCUGUCAAACUCUCCGGCGAGCAAUUCAUAUCGUCUGAGAUUAUUUUCGAUGAAGAUUUACAGACUGACGAGUUGGAUAUCAAAAAAGUUUUGAAUGACAUUCCAAUCAAGCAGUAUUUAUAUUCCAAUGGAAAGAUGUCAAUGGAUGCUUUGAAUAUUGAUUCGUUAACUGUGGAAAACUUGAUUGUUCAAAAUGAUCUGGUUGCACAUGAAGAAAACUUCAAUUUAAAACAAUUUGAUGAGACACGUUUCAGUUUAACAAAGGAGCAAGUUAUUGAUGUGCCGUUUGUUGUGAAAGCAUCGCGAAUUCCUAAUUUAAAGAUGAAUUUCAUCAAUACAUAUGAUGCUAAAGAUGUUUUCGAUUUAGAUGUAUACACAAGAAAGAUAAUGGAGUUAUUAAUGGACGGGAAACUUGCGAUUAAAGAAUUAGUUGUUCAUGAUACACUUCAAAUCAAUGAAGUGAAUGGAAAACUAAUGAAAGAUAUAAUGAAGUUGUAUUUCAGUACAAAGGAAGGUGAUCAAGGAGUUGAAAUUAACUUCCAGGAUGUGCGAUUUGGUGACUUGCAAGUCGAAAAACUCAACAAUAUUGAAUUUUCAUCAUUCCGCGAUAACUUGGUAUUCAAAGACGAUCAGAACGUGGAAAUCCUAGGUCACAAAAUUUACUUCAACGGAUUCACAGUGAAAAACUACAUCCAAACGUCAGCUUUAAACAACAUUUCCGUGUUUGACAUCUUGCGCAAGAAAGAAGCAGGAAAUUGCGUCUCCGAUAGUAAUCCUGGGAAAGUAGCAAUCGAGGGCGAUUGCCAAUUAAAAAGCACAUUCAAUCACAUUCCGAUUGAUAACAUCACCAACGCGUUCCGAGUUAUUGACGAAAACACAUAUCAAAUCCAAGGCGAUGUCUUAUUCUCCAAAGGACCUAUAAUUGAAGAUCUCCAAGUAAAAUCAAUCAAUGACAUUUCUAUGAAUGGAUUCUUUCAUAAUUUGGUCUAUCGCCAUGAACAAACGAUUCAAAAGGUUCAAAAUUUAACUUUCGUGAAUAGAGUUGACAUAAGCGGAAAUUUAAACACUCCAAACGUGAAUGGAAUUGAUUUGAAGAGUUUCAAAGAAGAUGUUGUGCUUAUUACUGAAGAUCGUGAUGUAUUGUCUCCGGUAACAUUCACAAAUGAUGUGUAUGUUAAGGAAGAAGUUCAAGUUGAAACGGAUUUGUAUACAAAAGAUAUUCAAGGCGUGAAUCCUGCUGAUUGGUUACAGAAAGCCAUCUUUAUUAAUAAGGGUAAAAUCCCUCAACAUUUGAACUUUCAAUCGGCUGUUAUCGAAAGUGAUGUAACUGCGAAUUACCUCAACAAUAUCAACUUAACCUCACUUAUUCAAUUGAAAUCUGAUCUGAACAUUAACGAACAAUUAACUUUUGAUGAAUUGUCUUCUAUCAAAGACAUAAAAGUUGGCAAUACAGUGAAUUCUAAGAAAUUAGAACCGGAAUACUUGAAUACAGUUAUGGCAGAUCGUAUUCAGCAGGUUAAAGAUAAGGUUAUGUUCAAAGGUAAUGUUGUUGUUCGUGAAUUCCUGGAUAUUCACAAUUCUGUUAAUGAUCAAGACCUUGGAAAGAUUGUCACAACAGAUGAAGACCAACAACUUGUUGGGACGUACAGAUUUUUAGAUCGCACAAUUGUUAAUAAUGAUAUUAUUGUAUCAGGAGAGGUUAAUACUAUUAACAUGACAAAGUGGAUACAAAAUGGCGUGAAGAAAAUUCUACCGGAAGCACAAGUUGUUUCCAAUGAAUGGAUUUCAGAGGCAAACAUUAGUUUCAAAGAUAAUGUCACCGGAAAUGGAUUGAUUAAUGGCUUGGACAUUCACAAGAUGGCGGUGGAUGUAGAAAAUCGCAGAGCGUUUAAAUACACUGUUGAAAAAGAUCUCGUUGAAAACUAUCAGAAAAUCUGCGCAGACAUCAAUUCUGUGAUAGAUUUAACAAAGAAACAGAUCUAUACGUUCAAAUACCUGAACAACAAACAAGUUAUUGAGUUACCAGAAAAUAUUGAAUACGUCCAUCAAUUUGUACAUCAAUCGAAACAUUAUUUGCUUAUUAAGGACCAAGGAUGCAAUGCAAAGUUAUAUCUCUGGGUUGAAGAGUUUUUCACUUUACAGCAGGAACAAGACAUUGGAACAAUUGAACAAAUCGUCACUGUUCACCAUGGGGAAGAUGUCUAUUUGAUAACGCGUGAAUCUCAGAAUAAUACAUUGCUUGAAAGAGGUUGUAUUGAAGGAAGUAAUGUAUGGAAGUUUGAGUCUGAUGAAGAAAAACUUGUUUUGAUUCAACGACUGAAUGAUCAAACAUUGAUACAUGAAUCUAGGGUACCAGGAACUUUCUAUGGCAUUGAAAAAGGAGUUGUUUUGGAAUAUAGGAUAUCUCCGUCUGAUCAUCUUUUCUAUCCUGUGCAGAAAUGGUCUGUACCGAUUGACAACGCAGCGUUUUUGGAACAAGGACUCAAAACAGGUCUUUCUCUUCGUAAUGGACGCCAUCUUUUCAAAUUGCAUCGUCAGGAUAUCCCAAUUGGUAUACCAAAUGAUGAAAUUACGAUUGGAAACUUUACUCAAGUUGAAAAUAACUUCAUUCCUGGAAGAAAGGAAGAAAUGGUACUUUUGAAUGUUGGUUAUCCACGAUGGAAGAAAAUGAUGGCAGUGGCCAUUCAUGAAGAUACAAGUGUCAUGGGAAAACUUGAUAUUAUUAAGAUUUAUGAAGAUCCAAUGAGUGGCAAAGUCUUCCACAAAAUCUCUACAUACAAACCCUCAUCAAUGAUCUCUUUGGAAUUUGGAGAAAACGGUGAAACAUUGCUAAUAUUCCUCGAAAAUAAUGAAUUGCUUCAGGUCUAUGAAUACCGAGGAGUGGAAGGUUUUAAAUUCCGAUCGAAAGCCAACAUUGAAGGUGACAAACUAGUGAAAAUCAACCUUCCAUGCGGAUCUGAACGUAAACCUCGUUCUUUUAUCGGUCUCAUCAACAAGAAACAUUUGAAUCUUUUGGAAGCUGUCAUGGAAGGUGACCAACCUGAUUUGGAACAACUUACAUGCAAUUUAUCAUAAUGCAAAUUGAUUUUUUUUGUGUUGGUGUGUUAAUUAAUGUUAGUUUGUUAUUUGUUACUGUUUUAUCAUUUGUUUUAGAUACGAUAUUAAAUUCUAACCAAUUA